ACAAACGCGGGCCUGGCGGAUCGCAGCAGCCCUCGGAGACCGCGAGGGGACCGGGAGCCGCUGGGACUCCGGCUGCGCGUCCCUCGGCCUGGCCGGGAGUCGCGCCAGUCGGAGCCCCUGGCCGAGCGCGGCUCGCCUCCCUCUCAGCGUUCCUCUGUCCGCAGUGCAGCCAGCGGGUAUGACCGAUCCACCAGGGGCGCCGCCGCCGCCGGCGCUUACUUGCCGCGGAUGAAGAAGAAAGUCCGUCCCCGCUCUGCUCAAAGCGAGAAGGUGGCUCAUUGCAGGGAUUUGAUCAGGGGUAAGAAAGCGACCCGCAGCAAGAAAGGGACCGGGACCAAGGAGGUGACCCAGUUAGAGGAGGUGAUCACGAUCGACGAGGCGACCCAGACCGAAGAGGUGGCCGUGGCCGAAGAGGUGACCCAGACCGAGGGCAUGGCCCAGAUUGAGGAGAUGGUCCAGACCGAGGAAAUGGAAACAACUGGGGUUAGCGUGACCGUCACCCACAGCAAUGAGAGGUAUGACCUUCUUGUUACCCCACAGCAGGGUAAUAGUGAACCACGUGUGCAAGAUCUAGCUCAGCUUGUGGAAGAGGCCACGGGGGUUCCACUGCCUUUUCAGAAGCUCAUAUUUAAGGGAAAAUCUCUGAAAGAAAUGGAGACACCAUUGUCAGCACUUGGAAUACAAAAUGGUUGCCGAGUCAUGCUAAUUGGGGAAAAGGGUUUUCUGGCUAAGGAAUUGCAAGCAGAGGCUCUCUGCAAACUUGAUAGGAAAGUAAAGGCCACAAUUGAGCAGUUCAUGAAGAUCUUGGAAGAGAUUGACACAAUGGUCCUACCAGAAAAUUUUAAAGACAGCAGGCUAAAAAGGAAGAAUUUGGUAAAAAAGGUUCAGGUGUUCCUAGCUGAGUGCGACACGGUGGAGCAAUACAUCUGCCAAGAGACAGAGCGGCUGCAGUCUACGAACUUGGCGCUCGCUGAAUGAAGUGUAGAAGAGAGUGACUGUACUGGCCUGAAGAGCAGCUUCACGGCUCUGCCCUCUAUGGAACAGAAGCCGCUUGUUUCUCCAGCACUGCCAGAGGCAACUGGCUAAAUGUCAAUUUCCCUACUCCUCCAUCGGUUCUCAAUGAAGAAGUACUAUCUCUGCAACUCUGAAGUA